CCACAGACGUCGACCACUACACCCAAGCCACAGACGUCGACCACUGCACCCAAGCCACAGACACCGACCACUACACCCAAGCCUUAGACACCGACCACUGCACCCAAGCCACAGACGUCGACCACUACACCCAAGCCACAGACACCGACCACUACACCCAAGCCACAGACAUCGACCACUACACCCAAGCCACAGACACCGACCACUACACCCAAGCCACAGACACCGACCACUACACCCAAGCCACAGACAUCGACCCAUGCACCCAAGCCACAGACAUCGACCCCUGCACCCAAGCCACAGACGUCGACCCCUGCACCCAAGCCACAGACACCGACCCCUGCACCCAAGCCACAGACACCGACCACUUUCCAAACGCCUGA